CGAGAAAUUAAACCGUUAUCUAUAUUCAUUUGCUAUCGUAUUAAAGUACACGUAAUUGGAACACUGUAAUGGCAACAAAUCAGUGUAUUUUCAAAUACAUAGUAGUUUAUCUCUAGGUGUCCACACAUACUGUGAAAAUGGCCGACCAAGAAGUAGAAGAAGGGCAGCCCAUAAACUUCGGGCAAGUUAUCGGCCAAAAGUUAACGGAGUCCAUACAAAGUAUGGAUCUACUCACGGUCUUACAAAAGAUGGUAGCUGUUUCACCGGAAGACGAGGAAUCCGAGGAAGUGAGGGAGAAAUUGAAAAAUAUACUCAAAAGGCUGGACUCCAUGAGCGAUGAAGAGAGGGAAGUGUUCACUAAACAAGUCAAGGACGGUUUGGCGUCAAAAUUGUCUAUGAAAUUGCAAGAUCCUAAUGUUUUUAAUACAGAGGGACUAGAGGACGCCAUAAAAGAGGCGAUCGUGAACAAACUAAUUUUAGUAGGAGUCGGGGGACUCAUAUUGAUCAUUGUUCUUGUAUUCUUCGGCUACAAGCUCUACAAGUCGAUAAAGGACAAGGAAAAGAAGAAAGAAGAGAAGAAGAAAGCCAAGCAACUCAAAAAGAAGAAAUGACCGGUGUACUAUCAACGAGCGAAUGGAUAAAUGGCGGCAGUGGCGCGUAUCUUGGAAGUUGGGUUUAUUGUUUUAACCUCAUAUUUUGAUAAUAAAAAAAGUAAAAAUAGAUUCUGAAUUUAAAAUACGCGGUCAAUUAUACAUCGUUAUCAUUUGAUAGACCAAUUAGAACCCUGACGCAAUGGCAUAAGAUAUAAUGGCCUUUGAGUGUUGUACUUCGAUGUUUGUAAAUUAAAAAACUGAAGUUCCAUAUUUGAAUGUUUACUUUUUUUUUACGCUGUGAUAGAAAAUUGUAGCUGCCAGUUCUUGUUUAAAACAAUAGGUAUCGAAUAAAAACCAAGAUUGCUCAACAGAUAAUAUAACUUAUCGAUAAUUAUUCGAUAAAAUUGUAAGAAGGCAUACUAUCAUAAUUAUUAUCUAUAACCAUGAGAUUAUAAAGUAACAAAUAAUUGUCAAUUACUCCAAGGAUACGAUAUUUGUAUUGUUAACGUCACUAGUUACUAUAAUUUUAAAAAACAAGGGUUGGCAGUUAAAGUUUUUUUUUUCUUUUUACAUAGAGUAUUGGAAGCGAGCUAAACUGCCCGCCGAAUAUAAAAAUGGUAACAAUCGCCUACAGAUAUGAACAACUGCUACAUUACCAUUCUUGAGAUAUCCUUCAAAAGAUUCCUUCAAAUUUAAGCAUAACUUCCAAGAUAUUGUAUUAAAAUGACUGAUUUUAAUGAAUUAUAUUUUAGGUAUCUACUAUAUUUUUUUAUUUGUGUUAGACAAAAGACUAUAAACUGUGACAACCUACAUAUGGCAUAGCGAAGAAUAAAUAUACUAUUAUUAAACUUUAUAUUUGUGUAAAAACGUCUAAAUUCGAUUAAAAAAAAAUAUUUUGUAACAUUAUUACAACUGGCUGGUUUUACAUUCAUAUAAAGAACAUCUCUAAUGUUUUUUUUAUACCAAGCACAAAAGCAAAAUAUUGUACGUGGCCGAACACAACAAAAUCAAAUUUAGACGACAAAUUUUAUUGAAUUAAUUUAAAAUAAAUUCAAAUUUUAUUUGAUAUUGUGACCAUAUUUUUAAUUAAAAAUAUUUGAUUUGUUUAUCAUAUACUAGCGACCCGCCCCGGUUUCGCACGGAUGCAAUACUGAUACUAAAUAUAUUACAGAAUAGAAACUGUUCUACCUACUAUACUCUUCUCUACAAUAUUAUGCAUGUAUUAUACAUAUAAACCUUCCUGUUGAAUCACUCUAUCUAUUAAAAAAAACAUCAAAAUCCGUUGUGUAGUUUUUAAGAUCUAAGCAUACAUAGGGACAGACAGACAGCGGGACGACUUUGUUUUAUACUAUGUAGCGAUAGUGAUAUAACAGAUGGCGCCACUUACAUGAAGUCCGUUAAUUGUCAAAAAUGAUAUUCACAAAAAAUUGUUGUAACUAAAUGAUAAAGCCUCGAUCACAAUAAUACUAAUUUUUAUAAUAUUUUGUCCUUCAUAAGUAAAGGCAGCAGCCAACCCACAACAUCUCAUGUGAUUUAAAGAAAAUAGUGGAUUCUUAUUGCGCUCAUAGACAAGUGGUGCCCUCUAUAGACAAUGUAUGUUUUUCUAAACUGUGUAUGUUUUAUCAAAUUUAUUUUAUUAUUAAUGUAUGGGUGGAUAGUAUUUGACCUUUUUUUUCUUUAACAUUCCAUAUUUUAUCUACACUGUGUUAAUGUUCUGUUUGAAAAUAUAAUUUAUUUUUACAUGA